ACCGCUUGAACGGUAGGAAUAGCGGUAGCCCGAUUCUGGUCGCAUGUCGUAAGCACCGUCGCGUUCGGUCCACGGUAGCAACCCCCCGAUACUGUGCUCGAGCACUGUACCUCAGGCAGGGCAGGGAGAUCAGGGAUAGGCAGAAUGGGUGCCGAAAGGAUAUCACAGUACGGCACUCGAGUGCAGAACUCCGGGAGCCGGAUUGGGUUCGUGUCUACCACUACCGUCGAUAUCGCAGCUCCAAUCCGGUGGCUCGAGUGAUAGGGAAUCUAGCGAACGGGGGAAACCCAGCCGUUUUUUCUGCAAGCGUUUUUUUAUUAAGCCAGACGAUAUUCUGCUGUCCUAGACCGGUCGAUAUGGGUAAUCCUUUUUGGGGAUGGGCAUUGGGGAAUUCGGCACCAUCACCAGUGCGGGGGGUUUUCCCUCUUCACGCUUCACAAGGUCCACCGCUCGGGAGGUCAUUAAAAAUGGGAGACUAGGGUGACGAUGUAAGGAUCGUUUAGCAGGACGAUUAUGUUUGGAGAGGAACGCAAUGCUACGGAAAGCCGAAAGACCGGGCCUGUGGCUUUGAAGCUACGCCCAGUUGAGCGAGUGAGAGUUGGGCUGAGAGGGAAUUUUCAUUAUCGCGACGAAAUGGUGUAGAAUUGGGCUAUUGGCAAUUCUGAUUUACAUCUUCUACCGGUAUCAGAUAUUAUCGUGUUCUUGGGAUAUCGGUACCACAUCACACUUGGUAGCUACUCUCAGCUCCUGUUGCAUUCAAAAGACUUUGAGAGUCUAGAGAGCUGGAGAGCCUUUCCCCGGCUUCCAAUGACCCCCCCCUCCCGAGGACCUCACUAAACCAUUCAACUCAUUUUAUCUUCCUUGGCAUGCUGGGACAGAGUUUGUAUCGUAUGGAGGGCUCCGAGUUCGGGAUAAUUUUCCAACUGCGCAAGAGAAGAAAAAGGAAAAAACAGGAGAAAUUCAAUGAUACCGGACUCGAGUACAGUAACUGUUCCGGUCCGUACGGCAAUUGAGCUCUUGAAUGCGCUCGUCGGAUACCUACAUCCACUCGGCAAAAUCCUUUGCAUUCCUCCUUGGCCGGCGGGACUGGCACCUCCCCACACGAGAAAAAAGCUUUUCAAGUAUGAUACCCCACACAGAACCCCAAUUGCGCAAUACUCGAGAACCGCUAUGCCACCGUAAUCUCCGUCAAAGGGGAGCUCCGUUUCAUGAUGGAUGGCCUUUUGCCGAGCACUCGAGUAACUACUGUACUGUACUCGAGCACCGGUACCGUACUCCUCAUGCGUUUCUAAUUAUGAUGUUCGCUUAUUUCGACGGUUGCAACGUUCAACGUCUUGGUCGGAAUGUGGUGUGUGCGACAACCUGGACCUGGCCUUUCUUAGUAAAGAUUCCGGAGUCCAUCUAUUUACUCAUCUAUUUAGAUAUUCAGCUAGGCCUUAAUAGGACAUGCUCGCGCUGUACCAGUGCCUAAUUAACGGUAGUGGAUUUAGAUCUGGCCUGAGGGUUUUGGGCUGGGUUCGAAAUUCCCCUCCCCCGCCUUCCGUCAGAAUGGUUACCUACUGUAGUUUUCGAGUCGAAGCACUUUUCUGUGUGUAACGUAACUUGCAUGUUGCACUAUGGGUCCAGCAGAUUCACUUGAAAACCCUGCACUCGAAGAAGAAGAAAAGACUCUUUUUCGGCCCUUGUGCUGAUUGUCUCUGUCGGGAUGUUUUUCUUUAUCUUGCUGCCCGGGUCAGGUGUUUCGCACCACACCACUCUAACUGUGGUACGGAGGCACUCUACGUUUGAAUCCUCUAAGUUACGAGUACCAGUUGCCCUUGUCACCGAUGCAACCGGAAUUGUUUCCUCCGAAAGGAAGCCUGAUCCGGUGCUUUGGACUGCAGCGUGCACAGCAGUGGGAGUCCGUUUACGUACUUGCAUACCGGUGUAUCUACUUUUUCUCCCCCCCCUCGGCGUUGUCUGUACAGUACUAGUUAUGGUACGGGGUACAUGGCAGUGCAGUACUGCGGGCUACCAACAUGUAAGGGGGCCGGUGGGGUGAAGGGAAGGGCAUAUCUAGUGAUGAGGUUUUGCGUUUUAGUUGCUUGGAUUUGCAUAAUUAUCUCAUUGAUUUCAACGUUUUGCGGGGAGGGGGGGGUGCUUUUCCUGAUUGCUUACGGUAUGGAAUGGUACCUGAAGACUUGAGCUGCGGUACGGCAGUUUCGGGGAUUUCAGGGAGUUGGGGAGGGGGGGCGGUUAUAGCUCAGGGGGGUGGUUGGUUGGGUACAAAAAUGUGCUGCAUUGUGCUGUCAUGUAUCUAUCUGUGCUCUACCUCUGGGAUGCGGUUACUUUCACUAAUUGCUUGCGGCAUGGUAGGGCUAAUUGAGGAGGACCAAGUCAAAUUACGACAUAGUGGUUUUUCGUGGAGGGGAAGGGGUGAGAUGGUAGAGUAGCCGUUAUAGCUUAUGGGGAGGGGUUAGGGCGGUGAUGUGCUGUGCUGCUUAUUUGUCCUGUACCUCGGGGAGACUGGCACGGUGCUUUUGGUUUUGCCGGAGCUCUUACCAAAUCUCAGAUACCGGCCACUUUGCAGUAAUGUACCGUACCGGUACCUACAGUACUCGAGUACAUGGCGGUAUCAGCCCACGAUGGGUUUAUCUCGGCAAGUUAAAUGGAAUUGUGCAGACCGGUUAACGAGAUCCACCACGGCCAAGGGAGUCAGGCUAUACGUGAAUGGUCCUUCUCCAACUGUUGCCCCCGAGUCACGGGAUUAGCCGUCCGAUGGAGAAUCUGAAUCGCAGAGCGUUAAUAAAUAAGUUAAUGCGGCACUGCACUCCUACCGUACUCCACUACUCGGGUAUGGAAGUUAAGUUAGUGAUACCGGUAGGUAAGAGGUUUUGGCUCCGGGAGCUCAAUACGGUACGUACUGUCGCGUUAUAAUUUUUUUAAUUUGGCAGGAAUGAGACCGGGAGAGUAGAGUACCGGUAUAGUACAGUACCGUACCGGUAGAUGCAAGCGUAUUAUUCGGUAUUUUCACAGCCGUACCACGACCGCACCAGACCUCUCCGCUCCCCUUUCUUUUUUUCCAACCUAUUUUUCCAAGACAAACCUGGUUACCUGCUCUCUAGCCGUCCGUCCGUCCAUCCAUCCAGAGUGGCAAACUGCCAUGCCAUGCAACCCCCGUAUAGUGAGCGAUCUCUGCUUUCCCUCGCCGACGUCUUCCCCACACCACGCAUUAGCACACAAACACCACUGAGAGGUGGUAGAUCUUACAUCGGGUGAUCCUGCCGGUGGGACACACAGUGAAAGGCGGGGAUUGAACACAUGUGUGCCUCUAGAGGAGAAAAGGGGGGGUUGGCUGGUCAAGGUUGAGUGAUUAUGCGGGAAAGGGGGGACAAGCGUUGUUCCCAGGGCCGGCGGCGACGGCGGAGGAGGGGGAGGAGGGGGUGCGGUAGUGGUGAGAAAUUGGACGGGAGUUGGGCUUUUGCAUUGUGAGUGGUGUGGUAUCGUGGUAUCAUUCCGGUACUUACUUUUUUGAUUGUUCCGAUCGUUUGGGAAUGGCGGAGUUUAAGGGGCCUUGGAGGAUUAUAAAACCCUUACGGGGGUGUGUGUGAUGGAUGGAUGGGUGGUGAUUUUUUUUCGGAUGGCUUUGAUGCCGUAACGUAUUGAAUAUCUCGAACUAUGGGGAAUUAGGCAGACAGUCGGUUGGCUAGAGCAUUUACCUCGGAAAAUAUUUGUGUCAGGA